AUGGCACCGCCCAUCAUUCUCUUCACCUACGACAUUUCCGUCUUCGGAAGGAAGAUGGACUGGUACUUUGCAUUGAGCGGACUGAAGUACUUUCACUGCAUUGUGCUGAACCGGCUCCCGCGUCCCGUCCUCGAAAAGCUCGGGAUACGGUACAGACGCAUCCCCAUUCUCGCCAUCGGACGAGACAUAUACUGCGACACGCGGAUCAUCAUUGACAAGCUUGAGGAAUUGUUUCCCGAGUCGAUGAUAGGAGGCAAAGGUGGUCCCUUUGAGCGGGGACUGGGCCACCUGUUCGAGAACUGGCUCAUCGAUGGAGGACCGUUCUGGAGGACGGCCGGCUUGAUCCCACCGACCGCCGAAGUCAUGCAUGACAAGGAGUGGCUUCAAGACCGGGCCAACAUGUCCGGGAGGAACUUCGACAUUGAGACGCUGAAGCAAGGUCGGGCAGAGUGUCUGUCCCACGCGCGCAUGUACUUCAACAUGAUGGAGAACGAAUUGCUCGCUGACGGGCGGGAAUACCUCCUAGACACCCCGGAACCCACGCUGGCAGAUGUCCACGGUAUCUGGACUUUCGACUGGACGCUUCAGGAGAAAAUGCACAUGCUCGAGUAUCUAGAGAAAGACGUCAUCAGUGCCUCGGAGUUUCCAAAGACGUUCGCAUACGUCGAUCGCUUCCGCAAAGCCAUGGCCAAGAAGCAAGAGCAGAACGGCGUGCCGGAGGAGCUGUCGAGCGAGGAAACCAUUGAGAGGAUUCUCGCUUCGGAUUGCUUCGAGCCAGAAGGCUCCGUCGACCCGCUUGACCCGCUGAGGCUGAAGAAAGGCCAGAUGGUGGAGAUCUGGCCGGUCGAGUCUGGGUUCACGCAUCACGACAAGGGCGAAUUGGUCUCGAUAGGCAUCAAGGAGGUGGUGAUUUCGAGUAAGCCGAAUCUAGGCGAGGGACGACUUAGGUUACAUUUCCCCCGAGUCAACUUUAGGAUCCAACCGUUGGUGGAGUCAAAGUGA